CUUAUUCAUAUUUGUUGACCUCAACAAAAUUUCAUUACCCAAAACUUCAAACGUCCAUUUUAACCAAUACACAAAGCUUCGAUUAUUCGAAGGCCAAGUAAUCGAUUCCGCUGACAGAGAAAGACCAUAAAAAUCUUUAUCACAAAGGUGAUCUGGAAAAACCCAAAUCAUCAUCUUCUUGUACAUCUGAUAUUGGUCUAAAAGUUUUCUUCCCCAAUAUUAUAAUCAAAAUGUCAGAAUACCCAUUUGAAUAUUUUUACCGAUGAGUCCCAAGUUUCUUCUGGGGUUUCUACAAGCUCAAAUGGGUAUCCCAGAUCCGCCGUCCAUUGAUUGGAUUCGUGGGUCUUGAUGUGAUUUCUCACUUUCUUCCUCUGCUCUUCGAUUGGACCUUUCAACUUUGCUUCCAAUUUUCCUGGAAGAUAUGAAGAACAGGAAAAUAUAUGGGGUCUCUAUCUCUUUGAUUCUCAUCAACUUGGCGGCUAUAAUGGAACGUGCGGAUGAGAAUCUCCUACCGUCGGUUUACAAGGAAGUUAGUGAAACUUUCAAUGCCAGCCCAUCUGAUCUUGGAUAUCUUACAUUCAUAAGGAACUUUGUCCAGGGAUUAUGUUCACCCUUGGCUGGUAUCCUAGUUCUUAGUUACGACCGUCCUAAAGUUCUUGCAAUGGGGACCUUUUGUUGGGCUCUUUCAACAGCUGCUGUUGGUAUUUGUCUCGAGUUUAAGCAAGUUGCAUUCUGGAGAGCCGUGAAUGGCUUUGGCUUGGCUAUUGUGAUUCCAGCACUCCAAUCUUUCAUUGCUGAUAGCUAUAUGGAUGGUGUUCGGGGUAUGGGAUUUGGCUUGUUAAGCCUCAUUGGUUCCUUGGGGGGCAUUGGAGGUGGUGUCCUUGCAACGGUUAUGGCUGGUCAACAGUAUUUUGGCGUAGAAGGAUGGCGCUGUGCUUUCAUUCUGAUGGCUACAUUGAGUGCAAUAAUCGGUAUCCUUGUUUACAUGUUUGUAGUUGAUCCUAGAAAAACUAUUAACCACAUUCAGGAGAGUUCAGAUAGGUAUCAGCGGAGGUUUGUUAGUCGUUCAAUUAAUUUUUUCUCAAGUUCUUUGUUGUUUUUUCUAACUUGGUUAGUAUCUGGCUACAGGGAUAAUUUGAUAGACCGGACCUUGCCUAAUUCAUCAUCAAUAUGGUUUGAAUCCUGGACUGCUAUGAAAGCUGUUAUGAAAGUGCAUACAUUUCAAAUCAUUGUUCUGCAGGGCAUAGUUGGAUCACUGCCUUGGACAGCCAUGGUGUUCUUCACUAUGUGGUUCGAACUAAUUGGUUUCAGCCAUAACGGUACUGCAGUUCUACUUAGUCUUUUCGCUGUCGGGUGUGCAUUGGGGUGUCUCCUAGGUGGUUUAAUUGCAGAUAGGCUGUCGAAGAUCUAUCCUCAUUCUGGUCGAAUCAUGUGUGCUCAAUUCAGUGCUAGUAUGGGCAUACCAUUCUCAUUGCUCCUCCUCCGACUCAUUCCGCAGUCUGUUGAUAGCCUUCUCAUCUUCGGUGUUACUCUCUUUCUGAUGGGCUUAACAAUCAGCUGGAAUGGCACUGCUGUAAAUGCCCCCAUAUUUGCUGAGGUUGUCCCAAUCAAACACCGAACCAUGAUAUACGCAUUUGACCGUGCGUUCGAAGGUUCAUUUUCAUCAUUUGCUGCUCCUCUAGUUGGUAUUCUCUCAGAGAAAAUGUUCGGGUACGACGACACAGCUGGAGCUUCGUUACUGAAGGCUCUUGCACUGUCAAAGGGACUUCUCACAAUGAUGACAGUUCCUUUUGGCAUUUGUUGUUUGUGCUACACCCCAUUGUAUAAAUAUUUUAGGCUUGACCGUGAAAACGCUCGAAUGCAGGGUUCAAAAGGUUCUAAAUCUAUCGAUGACCUUUAAGGAACUUUGUAUAUUGUAAUUCAACUGCUAUUGUAUUUUUUUGAGGCCCUUCUUUUCUCCUUUUUAGAAUUUUCUAUACAUGAACAUGAAUUAGCAUUUGAGGUUAAGUUGCGCAUAUUGUUGAGAAACAUGAAGGAUUAUACUCUUCAACUGUUGAAUAGUUAUUUUUUCCUCUUCA